GGGCACGCCGCCCCAUUUUGGAAGUUGUCGCGAUUGUCUACAAUUGCAAGUGAAUUCGUACUUUCCAGAAAAGAAAUCGAAAAACCCACUUUGAGCCUUACCUGCAAGGUGAGAGCUAUCUGAAUCUUAAAAGUGCUGUGUGUCUUCAGGUAGUGAACGUUUUAUAUACUGAAAGAUACUUUGAGAGAGCGGAGAUGGUACCCAUCCAUUACUGGUGAGAGCGGAACGGAAAAAUUCAGAUGGGCAUUACUAGCACUUACCCUCGGUCGAGGAAACCAGUUUCGGCUGGAGUGGCGUGAUAAGCCAAGUGAGCUUUAUUAUAAAAUUCUUUUUUUUCCGUAUUGUCUUGGUUCUAGAGUUUUGAAGAUAAUUUUCACGCUCGUAUAGCUACGGUCUAGCUCCGGUCUCGCGUCAGAUUCAGAGACCUCAGACAAGGCAGUUUUCUUACGGAUUGCACCGUCUCAGACGCGAUUGGCAAAUAUAAGCGAUCGGACGUUUUGUAUAUUUACUCUAUCCGUAGCUUAUCGUGUGACGUCUUUAAUUAUUCAAAUAUAUUUUUGAAACAUUCUUUACGACAACUGGAUCCGCGAGUGGUUUUGAACUUAGUCUUGGCCAACGUUCUGUGCCACGCAUUUAGUUACAAAUCCCAACGACACGAAUCCGGAUAGUGUGGUAGAUAGUCCAAGCUUCUGAUUUUAUAAAGGAGUGAUUGAUACUCAGUGCAUUCAGUGAUUGAGGAUCCUUUGCGAGGAAGUAACUAAAGAAACUCCUAAGCAAAUCAGUUCACUGUUCCGCGGUACGGAAGAGACGAGGACGUGCUAAAUAUUGCUGAAAUCGGCUUAAUCGCAUGGAUUUCCAAAUCUACGGUUUUUAGUCGCCUAACAGUUUGGAAACUUCCACGUAGUGUAAAAUCUAAUCUGGAAUAAUACCAACACCACUCACCGUGCAGAAGAAAAAGUCGCGAAAUCCAAACAUUUCAAAAAGAAAAUCAAAAUCACUCAAAUCGCCCUGAAUUUUUCCAAUCUCGAAACCUAACGCAGAUUAUGAAAUCAAACUUACAAAACUUCGACAAUGUUGUUGUAAUUGGAACUGCAAAAUUUGUAAAACUAGGCGAAUUGUCUAUUACAAAAAGUGCAAUUAAUUCCGUAUCUGUGAUUAAUAACAUUCGCGUAGAUAAAGAAGAUAAAAAAGCUGAAGAAAGUUUAUAGCGAUUACAUAAUUUUUGUGAAGCGCUUGGCCGUUCUCUGAUUUAUUUUAUUUUAAUUUAAUCCACGUAGAGAGCGAAAGAAGAAGAGUAGAAAUAUAUUUAACUGUUAUUUAUAUUGUCUGUGAUCUAAAACCUUGGAAUUUCUCGCCUAAUAAGAGGAGAGAGCAAGCGAAAGAAUUGUAGUUAGAUAAUUGAGGUGUGAAAAUUUCGAAGUGAUUUACACGUUGACGAAAAUUUUAUCAAUUCGUUGAUUGUUACACAUUCCAGUUAGGCGAAAAAAGAUUUAAAAAUUAAUUAUAAUUAACCCAAAAGUGAUUUAACCAGGAAGCUGUUAUCGUUUAUUCAAGUCUUGAACGAAUAUUGGCACGAAAUGGACGAAAGAAAUUGCCUACGACGUAUCGCCCGACACGAUGAACGACAAUUUUCAAAAGACAGUUUAGUUCACAUCAUGGAGAAAUUUGUUAAAACUGUUAAUAUCAUGGACGAAACCAUCUUGGUUCCAUGCAGGCUCAUGGACAGACAGGUGGGUGAUGCCACAGAUAUAAUUCCUGCACCACCAAAAACAUCAUCACACUACUCUCACCAACAUCAUCAUCAUCACCACAGUGGAACAGGAGGCGGUGGAGGUUGUCGUAAAAAUCGCCCACCACAAACAGUGCAUGACUAUCUGAGUUCAGCGGAUCUAUUCAAUCUCUUCAAUCUAUUGAACUCAUUGAAACAGGAUCUACUAUGGACCCGAAGUGAUGAAGACAGUGAGCAAGCGAACGAAGAUGAAAACGUAUUGGGAUCUUAUCCAUCGACCGCUACUUUGUCUGAUGCUGCCAUUCAUGACAGUCAAGAAUUGUCAGCAGGCCGGAGUCCAAUGAAACCACAACACAAACGCAAUGCCAGCAACGGUAGUACAGCUUCAUCGUCCUCGUCAGCAUCCCUCUCGUCGACUGUUCCGGCUACAGCCACAAAGGGUCACAUCAGAAGACCAUCGACUGCAUCAAUGGUCUCGUCAAAUUCCGUUAGUAAUCUCAGUGACUCGGAGAGUGAAAUAUCGAAUGAGAAUGAUUCUGGAAUGGAAUCAGAAGGUAACUGUAGGACAGGUGGCGGCAGCACCACCAGCGACAGUAGUAACAGUACAAAUACCACAGAUAAAGCAACAGAUUUGGUGCGACAGUGUCGGCAGCACUUGAGCGGCCUUCACCGGUGUCUCGAACAAAUGACGGAGGCUGCAAACUAUCUGACUGCCAGAUACCAAAGUGAUAUUGGACCUGUUUAAUUUUUACUUCUAUCUUAUUACUCUAAUUUAUUAUUUCUCCUUUAAAAGAAAUUACGUUACGAGUCCUACUCCCUGUCUGCCUCUGGUCCCGGUGGUUCUGACGGUUUUCGCAAGUCCCCUAGGGAAAUCCCUUCCCCGCGUCUAUUCCAGCCAAAAGUUCCAAACAUAGAAAUCCCAAAUAGCUUAGGCAUUGGCACCUUGCUACCAAAUCGAUUUUUGGAUUUACAUAUGUACAUAUGUCGUCCGCGUAACCGUAUUUUCUUCAGUACACAUUUUUUUAGUUUAAUUUCUGCGCUAUUUUGUAGAUUAUCUAGUGUAAAAGUUAUUUUUUUCCGUGGAGAAAGCUUUUUUCGAUCGCUUUUAGGUGCGUGAUCGAUCGUACCUUGCGGUCCAUCUGAUGGUUAAACUUUUGUACUAAUGGUAGGGAUCGCUAUCUCAUAAUAAAUGCUAUUCGGUUUAUUGUAUACUUCCACUUCUUUUUGUAGUUGAAAUAGACACAAGGUUGCAGCUCUUUUGUUAAAUUUUUCUUCCCAGACGAUUUGUUGAUAGUUUAACAAAAAGAAAAUGUGAAAAUUGUCGUUUAUGGAAAUUGUAUGUGCAUUGAAAUUGUUUUGUUGCUUCGUUCGAAUUGUUGUUGUUAUUCGACAAAAUAUUUUCAAGAUCAUGUGUUGAAGAAAAGUUUAAUACAACUUGCUUGCAAAUUUAAUAAAAAAAGAAGAGUAUAAAUCGUAAACCUGUAAAAUCACACACUAAUAAAAAAACAGAAAAAAUAUUAAAAAAAAAAAAUAAAAAAAAUAAUAUAUUUGCUAUGACAGAUAUAAUUUAUUUAUUUUAUAUAAAAUUUUUUAAAUGUACACUUCGUUCUGUAAAAGAAGUCCGUGAAAAAAAAAACAAAAAAUAAAUCCUCAAACUAAGAGCGUGCGAGAGUAAUAAGCUGAUAACCCCCCCAACCUGUGUAAAUCGAAACUGAAAAGAAAACGUUGAGCUAACACAAAAAUUUUGUACGCGGGAAAUUAGAGGAAUCCUCAGGGUUUCUCGCCCCUUUCUUUUCACUCAAUUAUGUAUACAAUUUUCCUUUUGUUUAUUAUUUUUUUUGGAUGAUGGAAGUGUGAUGGUCUAAGCUUUUUUUAAAUAGUUAAAAAAUGAAAUAUAUAUGCAUAAAUAAAUAAAAAAAAAGUUUCAUAAGGAGGUUAUUUCGUUUUAGGUUCCCCAAUAUGUAAAAAUUCGUUCCUAACUACAAUAGGGAAAAUACCGUGUAAAUAUUUUCACCAUUGUAAAGUAAUGAGUGUCUGUAGGGAAGCUAAAAUAGUUAUAAUUCUGUUAUCAGGAACAAAGAAACAAAACAAAAAACAA